AUGAAUGAACUCUUUAAUACAGUUCCUAUUGAUAUUAGUUACCUGUCUAAACUCAUAUAUCUUGAUCUAUCCUUUAAUAACUUAUCGGGGAAAAUACCACCCCAGAUUGGACUACUGAUCAACCUUGAGGUCUUGCAUCUCGCUAAAAAUCAGUUAAGCGACUCAAUUCCUCUAGAAAUAGGUCAUUUUAAGUCUCUUAAUGACCUUUCUUUGUACGCCAACAAUUUCUAUGGAUGCAUUCCUGCUUCAUUAGGUAAUUUAAGCAACUUGGCUUAUUUGUACCUCUAUGAUAAUCAACUUUCUGGUUCCAUUCCUCCACAAAUUGGAAACCUUACCAAUUUAGUUGAACUUGACUUAAGUAACAACAAUUUCAAAGGUCCCAUCCCAUAUAGUAUUGCAAAAUUUGAAAAGCUAGCAUUGUUGCAUAUGAACCAAAACCAGCUCUCUGGCUCCAUCCCCCUAGAAAUUGGAAAUCUGAAGGACAUAUCAAGCAAAAAUGUUUUGCUGGAUUUAGAGUACGAGGUUCAUGUUUCAGACUUUGGCAUAGCUAAGAUUCUUAAUCAAGACUCAUCCAAUUGGACUUCACUUGCCGGCGCAUAUGGAUAUGUUGCACCAAGUAAUAUGUCUCUUCGAUCCUCUAGGGGCAAAGACAUUGUUACUGAUGAUCCAUCAACCCCAGUUGCUAAAAGGACUCGACUCUCAUCUCAGUCAUCUCAAGACUCCAAUUUGGAGAGGUUCAGAACCCCGCUUACCUCACACAUCUACUCAAACAUUUUUGACAAGGCAUCUCCUAUAGUGGAACGGGAACGCUACUCUAAUACAAGUGAUCUUGGAGUUGAACUAAUUUGCUGGGUCAGAGGAAAGGAGUUUGCCAUCUCCCCGAACUCCAUAGCCGAUAUUCUCCGCAUUACUAGACCUCAGAAUGUGGAUCUAACUCUGUACGAUGAUCAAACUCCAGAGACUCAAGACAUUCUACAAGUUCUAGGAUCUGAUCAUGAAGUCUCCAGUACAGGCACAUCCAUAAGCACCGUAAAGUUUGCACCAGAGUUAAGCACACUAAAGUUGAUCAUGUUCUCUACUCUCUACCCACUGUCCAACACUACCUUCAUAAAUCUUGGAAGAGCUCCAUUGCUUUGUGAUCUUAUUACAGGAGCCCCCAUUGAUAUCUGUGCCCACAUUUUUCAAACCAUAAGGAAGACGGCGGCUCGAUCUGCACCUCGAGGAUGUAUUCCAUUUUGCAAGCUUGCUUAUACAAUGAAGAUAAUUGAGAAAUGCGACAUGUUUAGCUUUGGAGUUUUGGUUAUUGAAUUGAUCAAAGGUACACAUCUUGGUGAAAUCAUCUCCAUUCUAUCUGCUUCAACCAUGGAGGAUAAUUUCUUGUUGAAUAAUUUGUUAGACAUACGCCUUCCACCUCCCACUCUUGAGGUUGAGAAUCAAAUAAUACUCAUCAGAAAGUUGGCAAUUGCAUGCUUGCAUGCUAAUCCAAAAUCUAGACCAACUAUGCAUAAGGUCUCUCAGAUUUUAUCAAGUUGA